GCGCGGCUCACGGCGGGCUCUACGUCCUCGACCGUCGAGCCCCGUCAGUCCACGGGCCGGUCUCGCAUUCGCUAUCUCACGAGUCCGUCCACACGUCAGGUUGACUAUUGUUCGAGGGAGUGAACUGUGAAUGCCCCCCCUGUACAUGUAGGCUACGCACGGAUAGACAGGUUUUUUGCAACUGGAGUCGGUUCUGUUGAUUGCUUCGUUCGUUUGCUGACUAAUUAGUAGCCUAGAGGCGUCUUAGUGGUUUCGUGGGUCAAUUGUCGAUACCAGUUUUCUUUGUCUUGUUCCCGCUGCGGUAAAAGAGAGAGCCCCACCGUUGGCCGCACCUGAGUACUAGACCGAGCAUUGGAAGUGCGAGAGACUUCACCGGAGACACAGGUUCGGCACUUACUCGUAUGGCGCAAAGCAACAAGACGGCACAGCAGCGAAGGAAGAGUCGUACGUGGAGACAACCAUCUAACAGUAUUUGCGCUGCGGCUCUCUGAAAGGCUUGCGGCGAAACGCGCGAAGCAACGAGAACAAGAGGGAAAAGAAACAAAAGCAAGUUCCGCAACCUUUAAUAUUGUCGAUUUCACUAGUCCUCUAGUUACUGUACAAUAGUAAGAGUCGCUAUCUGUUACGUAUCGCCACCGCCACGGUCAUCCUGGAUCGCUGCGUAGCUCUUCACCGCUUUCUGCUCUGCGGCCUCUAUCAGUCCUCUUGUUAUAGCUAAGAUUAACGAUUUUUUUUGAAGACAAACGAAGCUUCGUCGCUCGAGUAACAGGAAAAAGGCAAGUUGGAGAAAGUCGAGAACCGGGGUAAAGCCCGUCGAACAAGCGGCGAACACCACUCGGAUCGAGACGACCUAAUAAAUAUAUCAGUGGAAGUAAAACCGAAUGCCUUGUAAAAGGGUGGAAUCAAUAGUACCAACUGUGUCAACUCUGUUAGUCAGCGGCAGAGCGGAGAAAUUCAAGGAAACCACGACUGAUCCCACACGAAGCUCUCCCGUCUUCCGAUUUCUCCAUACCCAGACAACUCAACUGUCCUACCAGUAGGUGUCUACUGCAUUACUAGCCAACGUUAGCGUCUUCGGUAUGUUUUCGGGUUUGUGAAAGAUCCAAAUGGAUAGCCCAACGAUAACGUUGUAGUCAAGAUUAAGCGAAUGUGGGUAGGCAACAAACUGUCUGACUAUAGGAGGUAUCUUUCGAACAAUCGUACGACUGAAGCUACGAAGAAGAUUAGCCUUUUUGUGCGCUCUUCGUGCACAACGAAAACUUACCUUAUGAGUGUGUGACGCAACGCAAUUUGUCAUGGGUUGAAUUCUGUGCAGGCGGUUAAUGGCCAAUACUCUGAGAUAAGUUACGAUACGAAAAUUUCGUAGUCUCUACAAGCAUCUCUUUGAAGACUCCCUGUAACCCGUGUUCUCUAGUGUGGGAGGAAAUCCCUUGCUUCUCGCGAGACGCUAUCGUAACGCCGAUAUCGGUGUCUGUUGACUGCCUGUUGAAUACCCAGCCGACAGAGCAUAUAGAUAAGAAGCAGUGUCGUCGAUGCAAAAGCGAGAUUUCCUGGCAACAUCUUUUGCCGCUUUUUGUGGACGAAAAGCGCUGUUAAGCAGUUGUUGUAGCAGCAGCAAAACCGUUGCUUAAAGAAGAAACUUGCCAUAUGCUUCUACCCGUCGUCUAUUACGUAUGCAUAUACAUAGUUAUCGUCAUGCAUCUUAAUUACAAAUAUAAGGCAUCCGCUAUUACCAUAUUCGACGUAUGUCUCACGUCGAUUAAUUGACCUAUUCUUAAGUAAGUUAUCGUGUAGCACAGUGUCAUCGAAUGCGGUCUUCUGAUCUGAAGAAUUCCAAGCACGGCGUCCAUCGAAAGCCGUUUAUGCACAAAUCACAGUUAUCGCGGCUGCAGAGUGAAGAGUGCUUUUGUGAUGCCGGCGCCUGUGCAUCAGGUGUGAUCUAAGAUCGCGUAUAUCAUGCGCCGUACGGAUACGUCGCGUUUAGGAAUUCUGUGCGUUUCAUGCAUGCGUCUCUGGUCAACGAUAGCAAAUCGCUUGUGAUUUGGUGAUGCUCUUGAACAGCUGUGACUGAUUCUCCGAACUAAACGGUUAUUUACCUGCUUUUACUUGACGGUACGGCUUUGCUGACCGACACACAAAAAUAAAAACAAAACACUUAAGAUAUCCUGGGCGCACAUCUCCAAUACGUGCCAGCCAGAUGCCCCCUGAGUAAUUUGGUGCGAUGCUGAGGAGGUGAUGUUGGAAGGAAGUGACCACAAUCACCUUCAGACAAAUGGACUGGCUCGAUCAGCCGACGAUGCCUCCGUGGGAGGGCUGUUUCUUGUCGUCAAGCAGUCCAUCGCGAGUGAAGGCAGCCCUAGCCUGCCAUCAUCGGUUAUUUCAACCCAACUCAGUACGGAUACCGAGGAGCAAGUGUUCCAACGGAGUUUCCUCAAUAAAAAACUCAAGCGAACGGAGUCGGAAACCGUCUACGAGAUAUACAAGAUGCGAGUUCAUCAUACGUUAAUGGUUGUUUACCUUCUUGUUAGCGUUGUGUCCAACGCGUUUCCUGUCAUUGUUUCGCUUGGAAGCCUCGCCAAAAAUGAACAACAUCAACCGCCAUCGGAAAGAACACGCUUCACUGUAGUCCCCAUCGUGGCGCGUUCGAUUGCUCUCUUUGUCAACCUGACCGUUUUUAUUCUGUCGCUACGUGAACGACUUUUCCGUCGAAACGCUGUACGGUUGUCCGUUGCGGUUACGCUUAUCCUCGCUGGGUUUUUCGCGGAAUACGCGGCCACUCUACAUGACUUUUUCGUCGGACCGAUACGAGAAACGGAUCCCCUUCAGGCAGACGCAAGUCCACUUCGAAUCAGGAAUUCAUUCUGCUUUAUCCUUGGUAUAACAAUAUUUCUGCCAUUCCCUACAAAACUUCAAGCGUCAUUAGCGGGGCUUAUACUAGUUCUCGUCGAGUUCACUGUGUCGCUAAAGGUUUACAGUACACAUAGCGGCAAAGAAAAAUUCGUGGCAGCGGAGUUUGUUGCUCACGUGGUUGCCUUAUUCGUGGGGUGCUAUGUCCGCUUUCUCAUGGAUAUCACCAAUAAAAAGUCAUUCCUAGAGCGGCGAGACCUUCUAAAAACCAAAAGGAAACUCAACGACGAAAAGGAAAGAGAGGAACAGUUGAUGUUAUCGAUUAUGCCAAAAUGUGAGACGACCGAAAAGGUUCGUGCGGACCUUCGAGACCGAAUUCUAAAGCUGAAGAAUAAUUCUGUCGUGCAAAAGCAUGGCUUCAACGAACUCUACAUUACGGAGCAUCCGAAGGUCACGAUUCUGUACGCGGACAUCGUCAACUCCAUGCAGUUGGCUUCCGCUUUAAAUCCAGCCGCACUCCUCGAGACACUCGAUCAGCUCUAUGCAAAAUUCGAUGAGCGUGCCGAAAGAAAUAACUGCCUCCGGAUUAAGCUGCUUGGAGAUUGUUAUUACUGUGUUUCGGGCAUUCCAGAAUAUCAAGAGAACCAUGCAAACAACUGCGUUAAUAUGGCGCUUGAUAUGAUCGCGAUUAUACGCCAUGUCCGCGAAGACCGGCAAGUCGACGUAGAUAUGCGUAUCGGUAUUCAUUCUGGCAGCGUCCUGAGUGGCAUUCUUGGACUGAAGAGGUGGCAGUUCGACAUCUGGAGCACCGACGCCCGAAUUGCCUCCCAUAUGGAGCAGAGCGGAAAGCCCGGUUGUGUGCAUAUCACACAAGCGACCAGAGAUCUGCUGCAAGGCGAUUAUGACAUACGCGAUGGCGACGGCGUGUUGGGUGUUCAGUUUGGUGCGAACUUAAAAACAUAUUUUGUGCAUCCACCCCCGUACGAGCCGGUGGAGGUAAGAAAAUUCCCUGGAACGUGCCAUCGAAAAUCCAGCUCAGAGGUCACGAUUGCUAACGGGGACAUGAUUGAGCUGCAGGUGAUCCGCACAGAUUGCGAACUCGGAAACGCUGAAUGCAACAAUAAUAGCCGGAAUACUGCAAACAGCAACAGCAAAAACCUCAGCAGUGGCAGCGAAAUCGUGCUGGAGAUGCCUAGACAACCAAGCUCGUACCUUCCCUCGCUCAAUGCCACUUCGACGAUUGGCCGGCCCGGCAGUCACUUCAUCCGCAAACAGAAUUCUGUUUCUACGCGCGCCAAAAAUACCGUUGGGGGCUACAAGCGAGGGUCGAGCUUAGAUGCAGCAGCGGCAAUGGUUCUCCGACGGAGAAAAACGAAUGACCUUAACAUUUCGAUGAACCAGUACCAUAUGAUGAUCCAGGAAAUAAAUAAAAUGCUUGAGAAGGAGGUCUAUCGUAUGCCAUUGAGCAAGCUUGAUCAGUGGUUUCGUCCGGAUGGAGUCCACCCUCUUUUUCUGACCUUUACUCAACGGAAGCUCGAAGCACGUUACGCUUCCCAGCCCGAUCCUCUAUUCAGGUACUAUCUGUUGUGUCUGUUUAUUGUGCUUGUCGGGAUGUCGGUGGUUCAUUUUACUAUCAUCUCCUAUUCAUCGGCGCCAUGGAGAAGCAUCGUCUGCUAUGUUCUGGCCUACAUCGUUCUUAUUUUGGCAAAUUUUGCUGCGUGGACCGGAUUUGUGUGGACGAAGUUUAUUAAAAAAGAUGAAGAACUUUCUCGAUUUCCCGACGGAAUUCUUAUGCGUGCUGGCCACACGAUCACGCAUCGUCGAUGGGUGCGACUCUUUUUCUGGUUGCUGUGUUCGACAAUUGUCUUUGGACUCGCCUUGCUUGGGCUGGGGCUCAUGCCCCGGCCUCGUAUUCCGUUCCCGGACAGCCGGGCGGCAGUGGUCGCUGCGACUACGAAACCUCUCCCUCAGGAUAAUAAUAGCACCUCCGAUCCUUUCGAGGGUUCCUUGAAGGAAGAGUCCAUACUGCCGUGGAGUUACACCUUUUCUAUCAUCUUAUCGAUGACUGCACAAACCGUGUUUCUGAGAAUCAAUUUUGUUUAUAAGUUUCUGCUAAAUGUCGUCGCUCUUCUUGCUUAUGUGAUUCACUACGAUUACUACAAUUCUUCAAUCAACCCGUUAUUUGUCUCCGACUGGGCAUUCAUGAACUACGACGACACGAUCAUCUACGCAUUUUACCUGUUGUACAUGCUUUGUAUACUUCACGUCCUAGACCGUCAGAUCGAGUACACGAGUCGUGUAGAUUUCCUCUCGCAAAAGCGGCUGGAAGAUGAGCGGCUGGAGGUGACUGUUAUGGCGCAGACGAAUCACUGUCUUUUGGAGAAUCUUUUACCGGCCCAUGUCGCCAAGCACUACUUGAACGGGAAUAACAACAAUGAACUAUAUCACGAGGAAUACCAAAGUGUUGCGGUAAUGUUUGCAUCAAUCCCAAACUUUAUCGAAUUCUAUAGAGAAACAACAGGUCUCUCGCGUGAAGGCCCUUCUUGUCUAAGGGUCCUUAACGAGGUAAUCUGCGAGUUCGACAGAUUGCUCUACAACUCCAAGUUCUCUCGAGUUGAGAAACUUAAAACGGUGGGUGCCACCUAUAUGGCUGCAACUGGUCUCGAGUUUGGUCGAAGCUCAAACGACAGCUCUACGCCCAUAAGCGAAACGCGCCAGAUGCGCUCCGAAGAUCCACAUAAAAAUGCGAAGACAAUGCUGCGUUUUGCAAUCGCGAUUCAAGAAGCUCUCCAGGAAAUCAACCUUCAUUCAUGGCAGGAAUUCCGGCUGCGAGUUGGUGUGGCUAUCGGUCCGGUUGUAGCAGGUGUUGUUGGCGCGACAAAACCACAAUAUGAUAUAUGGGGGGACACCGUCAACAUGGCUAGCCGCAUGGAUUCAACGGGCGAAGCUGGCCGUAUACAGAUCACCGCUGAGGUUUAUGAACUAAUAAAGGACGAUUCACACUUCGCUGUCGAGGAACGUGGCGAAAUCUUUGUUAAAGGAAAAGGCAUGGUCCGGGCGUAUCUACUGUGCAGUAAAAACGAUUGGCCUGCUCAAUCACUGAAAAUGUGAAAUACGAGCGGCCAAAAUUUCCCUGUAUGCAACCUUUUAGCAACGCGUCAUUUCUCGAGGCCUGCCCGUUAGCGCAGUCACUUAAACUUACACUAUGCCCCCUGCGUAACACGCGCGCCAAUGAUUCAGUCGAGAAAAAUUUAUCCAUAAAUUGGCGCAUGGAAUUGUUGAAAAUCGGCACUGAACAGUGGUACUAGACCCCGGCUAGCUGAAAAAGCGUACAAAAAAGACAGUAGACAAAACUUGUUAUUGUAAACAAAGUGAUCAUCUACGUGGUGGUAGGGAAGAGUGCCUAUAGAGGCCGAGGUGCAUACCUGAAUGUAAAUACUUGCACAAACACUAGAAAGAGCGUUCGAUUGAUUGACUGCUGUGAAAGCUGUUUUAUUUAAUGGCGAUCCUGUCGUGCAUUCGAUUUGGAUGCUUUAUGGUUAGCACACGUACAAACAAAUGCUUAUUAGUAAAUGAUUGUGUACGUACCUUCGAUGGUUCGCUUACUUAAGUUAUUCACCGAAUUGAAACUUUUGAUCUGUACAGUUGUAACAUUGUGUAACCGAAAAGAAAAUAGUUUCAUGUAAAUACAUAAUCCUAUAAACGAUAUGUGCGACCUGAAUUAAUCGAGACAAGUAUGAAAAAAGGAUGUAUAAAAAUAACGUCAGAGCUCUUAGAAUAAGUUUACUGAGGACAAAUGAAUGCUACGCUACUACAGUGCACUGAACUACCCGAAUCUGGGAACCAUAUGUUGCAAACAAACCCUGUAUAUGUAUAUACACAUAUACAUGUAUGCGGGUAAAACUAUAGUCGGAGAAGUACCUGCAUGCUUACUCCUGCACUGGCAGAUGCUCAACCUCUGUCGAUUUUAGCCAUUGGACAAAGUUGGCAGCGUGAAUAGCUUCAUUCAUCAAAGUUUUCUGUACGAGAUUUCAUUCGCUUAACAUAUAAUUAAAUAUAUACAAUUAAAGGACAAAUUUUACUGCGAAGUGAAACGACGGCAGGGGAGGGCAAUGGGCCUGUCGAUGAAAUAGGCGUACAUAUGUAAAUAUAAACGAUCGAAAACGAAAUAUCGGUAAGGUGAUCUAAACUGUCGUCAAAUAUUAUAAUCACAAAACAGAGUAGAUGAGUGAAAAAGGUAUGUUUAACCUGUUAGAUAACGAUAGAAGACACGCAAAACAGGCGUGAUGGCAAAUCGAGCAGCAGCUUUUAUUCCCUGCUGCAUGUAAUUGUUCUUAACAUCUCGCUAAUAUGAAAUUACUUUACGUUUAAAGUUAAACGACGAACGCAAUAUGGACUGUUAAAGGAAAGUGUUAUGUGCCCCAGGGUGACUGAAGCCAUUACGUUAAUGUUAGCUAGAUUUUGUUGACCUGUCGGAUGCUACUCCCAAAUAUCGUUCUCGUUGACCAUAAUAGUUUCAUGCGCUGGUCAGGUUCGGAUACUACAGAUUCGCAAUUAGACCCUGUCUGACUGAUAUUGCCACAAAGACAUCGGUAAACGAGCACAACUGUAAGCCUGCAAUGUCAAAUAGAGCUGGAAAUGCUAUUUUUAGAACGUAUUUUAUCAAUUUUUUUUUUUAGUUUCUUAAAAGUGAGCAUAGUGCAUAUGUACGUAUACGAGAAAAAUUGCCCCGGUAGAAGGGUACAGCCCAUUGUAUAAUAAUAAUGGUAACAGAUUAACUUAAAUAUUUGUACGCUAAAGCGCUUUCUGUGUUCGGUUUUGUUGAAAUCGGUAUGCCGGUCUUGUUUUCCUGGUUUCAAGAUGCUGAGCAAAUGCUUAUAUAAAAAAAAAUCCAUCGUAAAAUACGUCACAUAAUGAAAAUAAAUGGAUAAUCGUUGUUAAGUUUCGCACCUUGAUGUACCGGAUUGGACUAUA